AGGAGUCUGGAGACCUAACACGCGCGGAGCUCCCUACCUCAUCCCCGGAACAUCUCUUUUUUUUUUUCCCUCAGACUUUUGCAAAGAAACAUAUUUGAUCCCCCUUUUUUUGUGUCAUUUUCCGCAUUUGGUAAUUUACCCUUUUCCCCUUUCCCCCAACUAAAGUAAAAGGAAUUUCUUCAUAGCUAUUAUACAUAUGCCUCUGAAUCAGAAGAGCUGAAGAUGAAGUGUGGGCUCUCUCUGGCAGCAGCUGCCUUCCUGACACUGCUGCUGUCCACCCAAGCGCAGGAACAAGUUGACCCUCCAAGUGAUUUGAGUUUUAAGAUUUUAAAUGAGAAUACAGUACAAAUGUUGUGGAGAAGGCCGCAGUCAAGGAUUCAAGGCUACAGAAUACAAAUGACUUCAAACACAGAUGAACCCAUAAAAGAAGUCUCUCUGCCAGCAUCUGCGACUAGCACCUCCAUCUCUGACCUGAGUCCAGAUGUGGAUUAUGUUGUUACUAUAGUUGCAUAUGCUGGAUCAGAGGAAAGUCUUCCCAUCUCCGGCCAGAUCACACUUGAGUCAAGUGGUAGAUCGAGAGAAGGCAUUUCGAAGCCAAACCCUUCUGAUUCAGUCAAAUGCCUUGCCAGUGCAGUCGCUGAUGUGGUAUUUCUGGUGGACGGCUCUUGGAGUGUGGGCCGGCCAAACUUCCAACAUAUUCGCAGCUUCAUCUCAGCCGCAGUCGAAGCCUUUCAGAUCAAUGCGGACAGAACACGCGUGGCAGUGGUCCAGUACAGCAACGAUGCCCGGACUGAAUUUAACCUCAAUCAGCACACCACCCGAUCAGCACUCCUUAAGGCUGUCAGCUCACUGUCCUUGAAAGGAGGCAACACCAAGACAGGCAACGCCCUCAACUAUCUUCUGGAAAACACGUUCACUGAGGCAGCCGGCGCAAGAAAAGAUUUCCCCAAAGUGCUUGUGAUCAUUACAGAUGGCAAAUCUGAGGAUCCAGUGGACAGCUAUACCAAGCAGAUCAAGAGCAUGGGGGUGGAAACCUUUGUUCUUGGUAUUCAUCAAGCGGAUGAAGCAGAAAUGAAGCUACUGGCCUCUGCUCCUCACAGCAAUCAUGUCUUUAGUGUGGCUAACUUUGACAUGAUUCCGACUUUGCAGAGGGAUUUGAUUACCCAGAUUUGUUCCGCGGUGGAUAAUCAACUUAAUGUGAUCAUCAGUGGAGAUGAAGUUGUUGAACCUGCCUAUAACCUCCAAGUGGUGGAGGUAGCAUCUAAAUCCAUGCGAAUGACCUGGGAUGCCUCCAUAAGUGAUGUUUCUGGAUACAGGGUCCAGAUGAUUCCCAUGAUAGCUGGUGGCAAACAGCAGGAUGCCUAUAUUGGAGCAACGCAGACCUCUGUGGUGGUCAAAGACCUUUCUCCAGAUACGGAGUACCAAGUGAAUUUGUUUGCUUUUAAGGGGCUAACACCCAGCGAACCAAUAAGUGUCAUGCAGAAGACGCUGCCUGUUCAGGUCUCAAUGGAAUGUUCUCUUGGUGCAGAUGUGAUGGCAGAUGUUGUGUUCUUGGUUGAUGGAUCCUACAGCAUUGGUCCUGCAAACUUUGUCAAAGUAAGAGCUUUCCUUGAGACAUUGGUGAGCACUUUUGAUGUUGGACCAGGAAAAGUUCAGAUCAGUUUGGUCCAGUACAGCAGAGACCCUCACACUGAGUUCUUCUUGAACACCCACAAAGACUUGGAGUCGGUGCUAAAGGCUGUAAGGACUUUUCCAUAUCGUGGUGGCUCCACUAACACUGGCAAAGCCAUGACUUACGUGAGGCAGAAGAUCUUCCAGAGCAGCAGGGGUGCACGUGAAAAUGUACCUCGUGUGACUAUCCUCAUCACGGACGGGAAGUCUUCCGACGCCUUCAAAGAUGCGGCUGCUAAACUGAGGAACGCUGAUGUGGAGGUCUUUGCUGUGGGGAUUAAAGACGCAGUACGAUCCGAGCUCGAGGCCAUUGCCAACUCACCCGCAGAGAGCCACGUGUACACUGUGGAAGACUUUGAUUCCUUCCAGAGAAUUUCCAAACAGCUGGCGCAGUCCAUAUGCCUGAGGAUUGAGGCGGAGCAUCGCAUCAUCAACCAGCAAAAUCUGAUCCAGCCGAAGGAUUUGUCUUUCUCAGAAGUUGGUCCAAAAAGCUUCAGAGCCUCCUGGCAGAUCGAUGCCGCCAACGUUGAUUCCUUUUUGCUGCGAUUCAAACCAGAAAGUGACGACGAUGGACAUUAUGUGUCAAUGUCUGUCUCCGGGGACACCCAGACUGCCCUGCUUCCCAACCUCACCCCUCUCACCCGCUAUGAAGUCAAUGUCAUAGCUCAGUACGAAAAGGGGGAAAGCCUGCCAGUGACUGGUUAUGAGACAACUUUAGAAGAGCAAGGUUCUGUUCGCAGCCUCAGAGUGUCUGAAGAGACAACAAACAGCUUCAGGGUGACGUGGCAAAGAGCUCCCGGGGCCAUCGUUCGCUACAGGCUAACGUACAAGCCAGUUGGGUUUGAGAGUUCAGAGAUGGAGACAACCACUUCUGGCUCUGAGACAACAAUUGUGUUGCAAUCGCUUCAGCCUCGAACCACCUACCGUGUCACAGUAACUCCUAUGUAUCAGUCAGGCGCUGGGAUGCCACUUCAGACUGACGGUACCACAAAACAAGAGGCUGGUCCUCCAAAGAACUUAGUCACCAGUGAUGUAACAGACAGCGCCUUUUCAGUGUCCUGGACGGCAGCGCCUGGUGUCGUGAAGAUGUAUAAGGUUUUCUGGAAGUCCAUGUUUUCUGAGGAGUCUGGAGAAAAGAUGGUUGCAGGAGAUGUGACUGACACUGUUCUGGAUGGUUUGACUCCAGAGACACGUUACCAAGUGUCAGUGGUUGCUUUAUAUGGUUAUGUAGAUAGCGACCCACUCACUGGACUGGAAACCACGGAAGCUUCUCUUGCCUCUAAACAAUUGGCAGUCUCAGAUCAGACUGAGCGCACCAUGAAGGUCACAUGGACCCCAGCGCCUGGCAGCGUGGUCAACUACCGGCUGAAGUAUAUUCCUGUCAGUGGGGGCAAAGAGGUAGUGUUGAAGAUACCGGGGAAAGUCACGUCCUCCACCUUGAAGCGCCUGCAGCCAAUGACCACCUAUGACAUCACGGUUCUUCCCAUCUACAAGCGCGGGGAAGGAAAAGCAAGGCAAGGAGUAGGAACGACACUUUCACCCUACAAGCCUCCCAGAAACCUACAAACCUCUGAGCCAACCAAGACCAGCUUCAGAGUCUCUUGGGAUCCGGCUCCUGGGGAUGUUAGAGGGUACAAAGUCACCUUUCACCCUAAAGAGAAUGAAGUUGAUCUGGGGGAGCUCAUGGUUGGUCCAUAUGAUAAUACAGUCGUUCUUGAGGAACUAAGGGCAGGAACAAAGUACUCAGUUGCCAUAUUUGGGAUGUUUGAUGGAGGGGUGAGCAUGCCUCUUGCGGGAGAGGAAAAAACUACUCUCAGUGACGAUCCUGAAACUCCUCCUCUUGAUCCUUCUGAGCCUCAGUGCAGGACCACAGCAAAAGCUGACAUCGUGCUGCUUGUUGAUGGCUCCUGGAGUAUUGGCCGACUCAACUUCAAAACCGUUCGCAAUUUCAUCGGUCGCAUGGUCGGUGUUUUUGAUAUUGGACCAGAAAGAGUGCAGAUUGGUUUGGCUCAAUACAGCGGAGACCCGAGGACAGAAUGGCACCUUAAUACUCAUCCUACCAGAAAGGCUUUGCUGGAAGCUGUGGACAAACUUCCUUACAAAGGCGGAAACACAAUGACAGGAAUGGCUCUGAACUUUAUCCUUGAAAGCAACUUCAAGCCUGAAGUGGGGAUGCGUGAAGACGCACGCAAAAUUGGUGUGCUUAUCACUGACGGAAAGUCUCAGGAUGACAUCAUUGUGAACUCACAGAGACUGAAAGACAGUGGGAUUGAGCUCUAUGCCAUUGGUGUGAAGAACGCUGAUGAGAACGAGUUGAGGUCCAUCGCCUCUGAGCCAGAUGAGAUCCACAUGUACAACGUCAAUGACUUUAAAUUCAUGAUGGAUAUUGUUGACGAACUUUCGGAUAACUUGUGUAACAGCGUCAAGGGUUCAGACUCUGAACCUGAACCUGAACUGAAGCCACCCACCAAUUUGGUUACAUCCGAGGUGACCCAUCGCUCCUUCCGGGCCACUUGGACAGCUGCUGAUGGCCCAGUGGAACAGUAUCGCAUAGUCUACACAUUGGCAUCUGGAGGACCCUCAGAAGAGCUGACUGUCAGUGGAUCAGUUACCACCGUGGUGCUUGAAAAUCUGACCCCACUGACGAAGUACCUGGUGUUCGUCUACACUGUGUCUGGGGGGAUUAACAGCGAGCCUCUGAAGGGCACCGAGACCACAUUGCCACUUCCAUCUGUGAAAUUCAUGAACGUUUUUGAUGAGACCAUGAGCAGCAUGAGGGUGAGAUGGGACAGUGUGGCUGGCGCCACAGGCUACAUGUUGCGGUACAAGUCCAUAAACGGCACUGAGCCUCAACUGGAGCAAGAGGUUCGUGUUGCAGGAGGUGUGACCAACACGCAGCUGCUGCAGUUGAUCCCCAACACUGAAUACGCCAUCAAAAUCUUUGCCCUGCAUGGUGAAGCUGUCAGUGACCCUCUGGAUGGACCAGGAGUCACAUUGCCGAUGCCUUCUGCUGGAGUGUUGAGAAUCACAGAUGUGACUCACAGCACCAUGCGGCUCAACUGGGACGCUGCUCCUGGAGCUGUUCUCAAAUAUAUCAUAUCCUACAAGCCAGAUGAAGGAGACAUGAAGGAGGUGGAAGUCAAUGGGGAUAUCACAACCUUGGAUUUGUCCAGCCUCAUUUCGCAGACCGAGUAUGAUGUUGCUGUUGUUCCUGUAUAUGACGCUGGGACUGGAGCCCCGAUGCUUGGAAGUGCCAUAACAGAUGUUGUUCCAGCUCCAAAGAACCUGAGGUUUUCUGAGGUGACGCAGACCUCGUUCAGAGCCACUUGGGAACACGGGGCCCCGGACGUGGCCCUAUACCGCAUCGGAUGGACCAAGAAAGGGGAGAACGACUUUGUAUAUGAAAUUCUGGCCAAUGACAUGCUCACCUUUGUUCCUGAAAACUUGGACCCCGACACCGAAUACAUGGUCACUGUCACAGCCAUCUAUCCAGAUGAGUCGGAGAGCGAGGACUUGAUCGGGACGGAGCGUACAUUGUUGAAGGCUCCAGAUGUGGCGGCAGGGCCUCCUCGAAACUUGAGGAUUUUUAACGCCACUACUACCACACUGACAGUCAAAUGGGAUCUAGCCCCUGGCCCUGUCAAGAACUACCAGGUCACAUACAGGCCCAUCGCUGGCGGCGAGCCUCAGACUCUGGAGGUUGGAGCUAAGAAGACGACAGUGGUCCUGCAGAAGCUGCAGCCUGAUACACCGUACUCCGUCACUGUGUCUGCUGUCUAUCCCUCUGGAGUCAAAAAAGAUAUCUCUGGAGAAGGAAAAACUAAGCCUCUAGGCGGAGUGAGGAACCUGCAGGUGUUGAAUCCAACCAUAACUACUCUGAACGUGCGCUGGGAGCCCGCUGAAGGACGAGUAAAGGAGUACAAAGUCGUUUAUGUUCCUGCUGCUGGAGGAGCCGAGAGCAUGGAAACAGUGUCAGCAGGCACCAUCACCACCAUCCUGCGAGGGCUGCAGCCUGACACCCUCUACACUGUCUCGUUGGUGCCAGUUUACCCCGAAGGAGAUGGAAAGGUUAUGACUGAAAAUGGAAAAACAAGGCCUCUGGGAGGAGUUAAGAAUUUAAGGGUGACAGACCCCACUAUGACAUCCCUGAACGUCAACUGGGAACCGGCUGAUGGAGCUGUCCGCUUCUACAAGGUUUUCUAUGUGCCCACUGCUGGCGGGACAGAGCAGAUGGAACAAGUUCCUGCAGGCAUCACCUCCAUCGUUCUCAGGAACCUGAUGUCAGACACCCAAUACACAGUGUCUGUGGUGCCUUCGUAUCCUGCCCGUGAAGGAAAACGCCAGUCGGAGAAUGGAAAGACCUUGCCUUUGAGUGGCGUCAGCGGCAUGACAGUGACCAAGCCGACCAUCACCACUCUCACAGUGAACUGGAAUCCUGCUGGUGGGAACGUUCAGGGGUACAAAAUUAUCUACGUUCCUGUAGAUGGAGGACUAGAGAUCGUGGAACAAGUGUCUGAGAGCACAACCACAACUGUCCUUGAGAAACUCCUUCCUGACACUCGCUACCGCAUCACUGUGGUCCCUAUGUAUGCAGAGGGAGAUGGACCAAGCUCAUCUGACAUUGGCAAGACAAAGCCGCUUGGCUCCGUGAGGAAUCUACAGGUUACAGAUCCCACCACCAGCACUUUAAACGUCCGCUGGGACCCCCCUGAGGGAAAUGUGCGGGAGUAUGUAGUGAUAUGGGUUCCAACUGCUGGAGGAGAAAGCGACGUGGAUCAGGUUUCUGGAACUGUAACCAACACUGUUCUGAAGAACUUGGAGCCAGACACGGAGUACACUGUGUCUGUGGUGCCUGUCUACCCUGAGAUGGAGGGCAAGAUGCUGUCUGAGAACGGACGGACAAAUCCAUUGGGUGGAGUUAAAAACUUGAAAGUGAUUGAUCCCACCAUUAGCACGCUGACGGUUCGCUGGGAUCCAGCUGUGGGAAAUGUCCGAAGCUACAAGGUCUUCUAUGCUGCUCAACCAGGAGGAGAAGAGCAAAUGCAAGAGGUGUCAGGUGGCACCACCACCACCAUCCUGAAGAACCUGGACGCCAACACAGUCUACAAUGUCGCCGUGGUUCCCGUCUAUCCAGAUGUGGAAGGCAUACGGCAAGCUGAAAAGGGGAAGACAAAGCCAUUGAGUGGAGUGAAGAACCUCAGGGUUUUUGAUCCAACCAUCAGCUCUCUGAAAGUAAGCUGGGAGCCGGCUGAGGGGGAUGUCAUGCGGUACCAGAUCAUCUAUGUACCCGCUGCUGGAGGAACUGAGGCCACGACUCAAGUUUCCGGAAUGACGACUAACACUGUGCUCGGGGAACUCCGCCCGGAUACAGAGUACAAAGUUACAGUGAUGCCCAUUUACAUUGAUGCAGAAGGGAAACGCAUGUCAGAGAAUGGAAAAACAAAGGCUUUGGGUGGAGUGAAGAACCUCAAGGUGUCAGAUCCAACCACCAGCUCCCUCAAGGUGCGCUGGGAGCCGGCAGACGGCAACGUUCGGCAGUAUCGCAUCUUUUACGUCCCCGCAUCUGGAGGAGCCGAGGACAUGGAGCAGGUGUCUGGUGGCACCACUGAAACUGUCCUCAGGAACCUGCUGUCUGACACUCCGUACACUGUGACGGUGGUUCCAGUUUACCCCGAGGGAGACGGUCUGCGUCAGUCGGACAAAGGAAAGACCCUGCCCCGUACACCACCCAGGAACAUCCAGGUGCACAACCCCACACCCAACAGCCUGAACGUCCGCUGGGAGCACGCCUCAGGUCAGGUUCAGCAGUACAAGGUGACCUAUGCCCCUUUGAGUGGAGUCAGGCCAGCAGAGUCGAUUCAAGUUUCUGGAAGCAUCAACACAGCUUUCUUGGACAACCUGAUCCCGGAUACUCCCUACUCAGUCACCGUCUCCGCCAUGUAUGCCGAUGGAGAAGGGUCCAAAGUGAAGGGCAACGGAAAAACUCUGCCUCGAGCUGGCCCGAGGAACAUGCGUGUUCUGGACGCGACCACCAGCACCCUGACCAUUGGCUGGGACCACGCUGAGGGACCUGUGAGACAAUACAAAAUCUCCUACGCUCCAAUGACCGGGGAUCCCAUCACAGAGUUUACAACGGUCCCAGGAAUCAGGAACAGUUUAGUUCUGCAGAAUCUGCUCCCAGACACCCCAUACAACGUCACAGUGGAGGCCAUCUAUGCUGAUGGGGUGGGAGGGUCGCUCAAUGGAAAUGGAAAAACACUUGGCAUGUUGAGUCCCAGAAACCUUCGGGUGUCAGAUGAGUGGUACACCCGAUUUAGGGUGGCCUGGGAUCCAGUCCCCGUUCCUGUGCAGGGGUACAGAAUCAUCUACAGCCCUGCAGGCAAAGAUCAACCCAUUGAUAUCUUUGUGGGCGAUGUGACUUCAUACUCUCUGAGCAACCUGCAGCCUGGAACUACCUACGAUGUCAAAGUGCUGGCUCAGUACCCAUCCGGCAUGAGUGUGCCUCUCAUUGGACAAGGAACAACACUCUAUUUGAACGUCACCAACAUCGAGACUUACGACGUCGGCCACGACAGAUUCUGCAUCAGGUGGAAACCACACCGCGCAGCGACGUCAUACCGCAUCAAACUCAACCCCAAGGACUCCUUCAGCAAAGGUCAACAGGAGACGACCAUUCCCGCUGGCUUGCCUCAGUACUGCUUUGAGGGUUUGUCCCCAGAUGCUCUUUACACCGCCACUGUUUUCGUUCAGACUCCAUAUCUGGAAGGUCCUGGAGUUAGCGCCGAUGAGAAGACCUUGGUGAAGCCAACUCCAGUUCCAACUAUGCCGCCCACCCCGACGGCUCCACCCACCAUCCCCCCUGCAUGGGCAGUUUGUAAAGGUGCCAAAGCAGAUGUGGUGUUCGUCAUCGACGGGUCCUGGAGUAUCGGCGAGGAUAGUUUUACCAAAGUUGUGAACUUUGUUUCCGCUGUAAUCGCCGCUUUUGAUGUUGUUGGACCCUCAGGAAUGCAGGUGUCUUUUGUGCAAUUUAGCGAUGGUGCAAAAACAGAGUUUAAGCUGAAUGCUUACCGAGAUAAAGGCAUUGCCAUGGCUGCACUGCCUCUCAUUGGUUACAGAGGAGGAAACACCAAGACAGGAAUGGCUCUAAAACACACGUAUGAGAAAGCCUUUUCUAUUGAAAAUGGAAUGAGGAGGAACGUCCCCAAAGUGGUCGUGGUGAUCACUGACGGACGCUCGCAGGACGAGGUGAAGCAGAAUGCUGCUAAACUGCAGCAAGCAGGUUAUAGUGUUUUUGCGGUUGGCAUCGCUGAUGUGGACUUCAAUGAGCUGCAAGUGAUCGGCAGCAAACCCACAGACAGACACGUCUUUGUUGUGGAUGAUUUUGACGCUUUCGACACCAUUAAGGAAAACCUCAUAACCUUUAUCUGUGAAACCGCAAGUUCAUCAUGUCCACUGAUUUUCCUCAAUGGAUUUUCGUCACCUGGCUUCAGAAUGCUUGAAGCUUUUAACCUGACAGAGAAGACCUACAGUUACACUCAGGGUGUCUCCAUGGAGCCAGGCUCCUUUAACAGCUACACUGCCUACAGGCUGCACAAGAAUGCCUUCCUGAAUCAGCCAAGCACAGACAUCCAUCCUGAUGGACUUCCUCCCUCCUACACCAUCAUCCUCAUGUUCCGCCUGUUGCCUGACACACCAAAAGAGGCUUUUGACAUCUGGCAGGUGGCGACCAAAGAUCACAAGCCUGAGACCGGCGUCACUAUUGACCCUUCAGCUCAGACUGUGUCCUUCUACAACAAAGAUGAAACUGGGGAGAUCCAGAAGGUCACAUUUGACGAUAAGCGAGUGAAGAUGAUCUUCCAUGGAAGCUUCCAUAAGCUCCACAUCAUGGUUUCAUCUACAAGCGUGAAACUCAACGUUGACUGCCAAGAGGUGGCAGAGAAGACGAUCAAGGCUGCUGGGAACACGUCCAGCGACGGCUACCAAGUUCUGGGGAAAAUGUCCAAGACAAUUGGAUCCAAGGGAGAAUCUUCAACUUUCCAGCUUCAGAUGUUCGACAUUGUAUGCAGCUUAGCCUGGACCAGCAGGGACAGAUGUUGUGACCUCCCAUCCAUGAGGGAUGAGCUAAAGUGUCCUUCCCUUCCCAAUGCCUGCACCUGCACCUCUGAGGCUAAAGGGGAACCGGGUCCUCAGGGACCAGUGGGCGCCCCUGGCAACAAAGGUCCCCGAGGGGAAAGAGGAGAGCCCGGUACUGCUGGGCCGACAGGUCCUCGGGGAGAUAACGGACCACCCGGGCCCAUGGGUCUGCCUGGGCCUCAAGGACCCAUCGGCAUGUCAAUUCCAGGAGAGGCUGGGCGUCCCGGACCAAAAGGAGACCCUGGUGAUUCCGGUAUGCCAGGACAAAAGGGUCCUCAAGGCCCUCCCGGUGCUGUCGGCCCUGUCGGAGCACCUGGAGUCAGGGGUCCCCCAGGAAAGGAAGGACCUUCUGGACCCAGAGGACCCAUGGGGCCCAUGGGACCUCCAGGAUCUCCAGGAAUACCAGGCCCAGCAGGAAACCCUGGAAAUCCAGGCGACACCGGUCCUCCUGGUCUCGUUGGUCAAAAGGGAGAUAGAGGGGAGCGAGGCGACUUUGCUCCUCAAAACAUGAUGAGAUCCAUCGCCAGACAAGUUUGCUCACAGCUUGUCAGUGAUCAAAUGGGUCGUGUCAACACGUUACUGAACCAGAUUCCCAACGGAGCGUACCGCAGCAACAACCCAGGACCCCCAGGGCCUGCUGGACCUCCUGGAAGGCAAGGAGCCCCUGGAGAACCAGGCUCAGCAGGAAGAAACGGGUUCCCAGGAAGCCCAGGUUUACCUGGUCGGCAAGGAGAGAGAGGACCUUCUGGGGAGAAGGGUGAACGAGGACUUUCAGGAGUUGGUCAGAAAGGAUCGAGGGGGCCUCCAGGUCCCCCAGGAGAGAGCAGGACGGGACCUCCAGGACCUCCAGGCUCUUCUGGAGCCCGUGGACCCCCUGGACGUCCAGGCUAUGCUGGGGUCCGUGGGCCUCCAGGACCCCCAGGAUACUGCGACUCCUCUCAGUGUGUUGGCAUUCCUUACAACGGGCAGGGCUACAUAGGUUGACCAUAGUAGACUUUUAAUGCCGCCUGUGCUGCUUUCACUGACUUCCUGAAAAACAAAAGGGCCUAUAACUGAAACCACUGCUCACAUGCUUUAGAGCUGUUAUAAAGGAUAACUGCCAGAGGAAACAAUUAACAAACUGUGCUGAAAACCAACACAACAACAAAACAGGGGGAACUGGUACUAACAACUUCUCACAACCACUGCAACACAACAUUAGCAGCUGUGAUAGCACGGACGUGUUCAGUGUUUGCAUCUUGAAGCAAGAGACCGAGCAAAGGAGGAUGAGCCAAACAACAAAUAGCCCACACAAAUACUAACACAAGGUGGAUUAACAGAAAAAGUGUGGUACUACAACAACAACAGGUCUCCAAGGACAUGUAGAUAAACUAAUGUGUGCCCUGUUGUGUCAAUCAAGUCUAUAUGCACUUAUUAAUAUCUUUAGCUUUGAAGCUCAGGCUGUGCAAGUAACACCUGCUGCUUGAUGAAUGCUGACAAAAACGACACUUUUUAAAUUCUAAUCCUGGUUCGACCGUGUGUCUUCUGACCGCAAGAGCAUCAUGUGUGACAUCUUUCCUCUGAACUGCAUGUGCUUGCUUUAAAGUACUAAAAGCCUCCAGUCCAGCAGCCGAGCUCUAUACAUUCAUGCAGAAAUGUGCUCUUGUUGUAUUUUGUGAUUGUGUCUGUGAAAAAUUACAGUGUUGGUAAUUUUUGCGAGGUGACGUCACCUCACUUUGUUGUCAGACUAAUACCUGAACUUCCAAUGCCAAAAAAAAGGAAUAUGACUAUGUACUGGCAUAUCUAUCAAGGGGUGUGUCCAUUGGAGGCCCUAAAUUACCAGAUGUAACAUGUUUCACUGGAUAUGACAGCUGAUUGGGUCGUAAAUUAUGUCUCAGAAUGGGAUUAAAAAAACACAAAUGAGAAAGACAGACAUUGUUCAUUUAGAAGAAAGAAUGAGUGAUUUUUUUGAACUAAACUUGAAGAAGGUUGCAUGCAUGCAACUAAAUACGUUUAAAAAAAUGGAUUCACUUAAAUAAAUGUGCAACAGAUCCACAUUUGACUGUCUGAAGACGGACCAGGUGACACUACAGUGUGCACUAGUGACUUUCUAACAUGUUGGGAAUACCUGGACAAGAAACAAUCGUAUUAGAUCUUAAGUGAAGUACAUAUUCCCUCUGCCUGAGUAGCAGGAUUUCACAAAUUAUUAAAAAAAUAAAAUAAAAACAACCAUGUCUGAAACAUCAAAAAAAGCUGUUUUAAUGCAGAAUUUGAACAAGUUUGAUCAGCUUUAAAGUUAAAAUGAUAAACAUUUGAUUUCAAUUGCAGAAAGCCCCCAGUGGUCAAUUGACGAACUGCAUUAAACAUUUGUGCCAUUUUUAAAUAAGCUUCAAUAUGGAAGCUAAUUUUAGUUAAAGGCAAAAAUGUGUUAGUUUGUCAUACAUUUUAAUGCAGGUAUGGUGAGGAGGUGUACUCAACGUAAAUUAAAAAGGAAGUUGUUAUAUCCAAUCAUCUUUGUCCUCUUACUGCGGUUUCCAUGGCCACACCCCUGCAGUAUACUAAUACCUGUGUCAAUGCUUUGUGUCAGUCAGUGGCAAAUUAUUAGCUAACCCCUUCUGAUUCAUGCUGAGACAGUCUGACGGGACUUUUGCCACUUUGCUCUCAAAUGGCCCAAACACUAUCUCUGAGCAGGCACCAGGGUGGUCCCAGCCAGCGAGCAAGACCAGCUGCUGCAAAACCAACGCCGCAAGAGGUCGCUACCAAGAAAGACAUCAAACACGCUAGCAUCAUAGGACAAGCCUCUUUUUUUAUCCAUUUGUUGUUGGAAUUAUACACUAUACGAAUUACAGUUUUUACAAUGUUUG